AUGCAGCAACCCCAAUACAAGUAUGCGAAUAUCCCUCAGUUUCAAUAUCAAAGCUUCGAACGUGAAUUGAAGACCUAUGAAAUUGGCUCUUUGACUUUCUCUUCUUAUCCUAUCACCCCUAAAAAUACCAAUGCGAAUCGUCUGACGGAGGGCAAGGACCAGGAUAACCAAACGGCUGCCGAUGCCGAACCGAAAAAGGAGGAUGCCCCCGUCGAGCCCCCACCAGAAGAGCCUAGCAAGCCUGCAGAAGAGCCUAGCAAGCCUGCAGAAGAGAGCUCAUCGAACUCAGAACCUGCUGAACCAACAGAGCCAGCGACUGCUCCAGCGGAGCCCGCUGAGCCCGUUGAGCCCACUGAGUCUGCAGAGGCCACCGAGCCCGCCAGCGGAGACGCAAAGGAGGAGGGUAAGGAGGAGCCUGCUGGUGAUGAGCCAGCGCCGAACGCAGAGGGUGAAAGCGCUCCAGACGAAGCCUCUCAAGAACCCCCCUGCAGAGGGUGCAGAAAAUCCAGAGGCCGAAACGAAAGACGAAGAGCCUACGCCCCCGCAGAAGAACCAGCCGCAGAUGAUGGUGCAGCCAAGAAAGAUGAUAACAAUGACAACAAUGGUAAGAAUCACGUAUAUGGAAAAGAGAACCUUAACUUGACAGACGGUUUCACAGACGAAGAUUUUCCAGAGUGUGACCCUGAAGCCGGACUCGACAAAGUAGAGGCCGAGAAAGAAGCACUCGCCAAGCAAGAAGCUGAAGACGCCAAAGCCGAGGAGGAUCUCCCGCCAGCAGAUGGGGAAGCUCCGGCUGCUAGCGAUGAGCAACCCGCCGCUGACAAUGCCGAGGACACUGGUGAUAGUCCUGCACCAUUGGAAAAUUCACCCUCGACAGAGGAGGCUGCAGAUGCCCCUGCAGACACACCCGCCGAUACUUCUGCCGAGUCUCCUGCAGCUCCUGUUGAGGCACCCGUUGAGACUGCACCAGAACCCGAGAAAGAGGCACCCAGUAAAGAACCAGCAGCCGAUCCUAGCCCGCCAGCCGACGAGCCACCAUCCGAUGAACCCACCGGCAAGUCGAAAAAGAAGAAAAAGGGUAAAAAGGGUAAAAAGGCUGUCGAGCCUGAGCCCGAAGCUGCACCCGAACCUGUAGCAGAGCCUACAUCAGAGCCUGCGCCCGAGCCCGAGCCCGAAGCUACCGAGCCCGUAGCGGAGCCUGCACCAGACCCCGAGCCCGAAGCUACACUCGAACCCGUAGCGGAGCCUGCACCAGAACCCGAGGAAGAGGCUCCCAGUGAAGAGCCAGCAGCCGAAACUCCAUCCGAAGCUACACCUGCCGAUCCUAGCCCGCCAGCCGAAGAGCCGCCAGCUGAAGAACCAGCCGGCAAAUCAAAAAAGAGCAAGAAAAAGGCUAAAAAGGCGAAAAAGGCAGCUGAGACCGAAACCGAGCCUGAACCUGCACCUGAACCUGUGACUGAGCCUGCAUCAGAGCCUGCAUCAGAACCUAUACCGGAUCCUGUAGAACAACCUGCAGAAGAAGCCACAACACCCGAAGGCGAUGAAACGGCCGAAGUAGAGGCAGAGACAAAGCCCGCUGAAGCAGCAGAUCCCGCCGAAAGUGACGCUCCCAAGGAACCCGAAGAAGUACCGCCAGCUGCAGAAGCAGAGGAAGUGCCAGCUGAAGCUACCCAAGAAACGGAGUGCGCUCCAGUUGAAGAACCCCCUGCUGCUGAUGUUUCUCUCAAUGCCCCUUCGGAGGCGGCUGCUGAGGAAUUUCCCAAGGAACCGGAACCUGAGCCUGCUCCAGCCGCUGAGCCCGAAGCCACACCAGCCGCAGUUGAUGAGGUCAAGGCGGAGGACGCACCUUCGGAGGAUGCUACUCCAGAGCUAGUAGCUGAGCCGGCCGAAGAGCCACAGGCAGCACCUGAACCUGAACCAGCAGUUGAAGAACCACCCUCGGCCCCAGAUGUUGCUCCAGAACCAGAACAGCCUGCUGAAGAACCACCCGUUGAAGAGGUAGCAGAGGCACCGGCUGCCGAGGAACCUGUGACUGAACAGCCUGCAGAGGAAGUCAAAGCCGAAGCCGAAGCUGCACCUGAACCUGAACCAGCUGCUGAGCCUGAGCCUGAACCAGCUGCUGAGCCUACACUCCCAGCAGAAGCCCCAGCAGAAACAGCAGUGGAAGAACCUACCUCAGAGGCAGAUCAGCCAAAGGAAAUUCCAGCGGAAAUUUCACUGGCUGAAGCUGAAGCUGCACCUGUGGAUCCCACGCCUGCUGAGCCAGAGCCUACACCAGAGCCUGAGGCUGCACCCACUGAGCCCGAGCCAGUUCCGGAACCCGAGCCAGCCCCUGCAGAACCAGAACCAGCUCCUGAGCCUGAGCCUGAGCCUGCGGCCGCUGAACUGGAACCAGCACCGGAACCAGAGCCUGCUCCUGUUGAGCCUGAACCAGUAUCUGAACCAGUACCCGCCGAGCCAGAACCAACGCCAGAGCCCGAGGCUGCACCCGCUGAGCCUGAGCCAGCACCGGAACCCGAGCUAGCUCCCGCCGAACCUGAACCAGAACCAGCUCCUGAGCCCGAGGCUGCAUCAGCUGAACCUGAACCUGAACCCGAACUCGCCGAGCCAGAGCCAGUAUCUGAACCGGUCCCCGCCGAGCCAGAACCAACGCCAGAGCCCGAGGCUGCACCCGCUGAACCUGAACCUGAACCCGAACUCGCCGAGCCAGAGCCAACGCCAGAGCCAGCUCCUGCUGAGCCCGAGCCGGUGCCACAGCCCGCCGAACCAGAACCAGAACCGGAGCCGGCGCCUGCUGAGCCAGAACUGGCGCGAGAGCCCGAACCCGAACCCGCAUCUGUUGAAUCUGAGCCAUUCCCUACCGAGCCUCUAGUGCCCGAGGCACCCAGAUCCUAUGGACUUGCGCCGGAUGAGAUUCCUCCCGAGGAGUCCGCCGAGGGACCUCGCGGCGAGCUCAUGGAGCCCAUGGAUCCUACUGCAACCAGGCAAGGUUCUCGCAGAAAGAAGAGACGCUCGCCUAGUGACCGUGAAGACCGUGAGCGAGAGCGACGAUACUCCAAGACUUCUUCUGAGGGCCGCAAAGAGCAGCUUUCCCGCCCCAAAAAUGACGGCGGCUUGUUCACUAACCGGUGGGCCAAGGCUUUGGAGCAAGCCAGAAAGGAACAUGACGACAAGCAGCAGAAGAAGAUCCAGGAGAAGAGGAAACAGCAAGCUGUCGCUGAGGACCGUCAACGCAGUGGAGUCUCGCCCCCUGAGAAAAUCAGACGCUCUGAGAAGAUUGCGGCAAGAGAGGAGGCAUUGUCAAUGGAGGAACCGCCUGUCGUUGAAGUCGAGAUUGAACCCAGGCCUAAGCGUCGUUCGUCUGAACAAGGCCAGGCUAGGUCAGUCAAGACUACAUCCUCGAAACAGGCAGCCUCUUCAGCCCCAGCUCCCAAACGCGCUUUCCUUCGAUAUAUGGGCAAUGGCCAAUCAGACACGACUAGACCCAUCGUGCGGGUCAACAGCACGAAAUCUACUGCACCGCCAACUGAGCGUCGUCCUUCGAUCAGCCACAGCAACGGCAGUGGUCCACCGAGUGACGAGAAGACCACCAUUGAUGAAAGGCGACCUAGCACUCGCUCCGGCGGCUCUUCCUCUCGCCGCGAAGCACGACGUGAGGAAAGGCGCGAGGAGAGACGCGAGGAGCGUCGACAAGAAGAAGCUCGGGCCGAGAAGAAAGCACGGAGACGGUCUCGCGAGGAACCCGAGUCCAGCAAGCCCCGGGAAAGGGAGCGAGAGAAGAGACCCGAGGGCUCUCGUCGCGCCGCCCGCCAGGAAAGCAGAGACAAGGAUCCUAACUCGCGCCGUCAUCGUCGUCGUGAAGAAUCUCCGCCAAAAGAGCAAUCCAGGCUUAAGAGUCUUUUCCGAACAAUCGCAGCGCACUAG